AUGUCCGUGUCCCGUCGUCUUCAGAAAGAACUCGGCGACAUCCAGAACUCCGGCGCCAAGGCCUACGGCAAUGUCGAGUACAGCGAGAGCAACCUGCUCCACUGGACCGUCACGCUUCUUCCCGACCAAGAGCCCUACUCCAAGGGCGCCUUCCGCGUCCAAAUCGAUUUCCCCGCCGACUACCCGUUCAAGCCGCCGAAGCUUACCCUCCUAACCAAGAUCUACCACCCAAACGUCGAUGAGCAAGGCCAGAUCUGCCUCGGAAUCGUCCACCCGGACAACUGGAAGCCCGCCACGCGCGCCGAGCAGGUGCUGCUCGCUCUUCUUCAGCUGAUCAACUACCCGGAGCCGGACCACCCUCUUCGCGCCGACGUCGCCGACGAGUACACCAAGGACAAGAAGCGCUUCAUGAAGACGGCCGAGGAAUUCACGAAGAAGCACGCGGAGAAGCGCACCGAU